AUGAAGUUCAUUUCUCUCGCCCUGAUCACCCUGCUGGCCCCCGCUCUGGGCGCCUCGAUCCCCUCCUCCUCCUCCUCCUCCUCCUCCUCCUCCUCUCAGGAGAAGGAGAUGAACCCCAACCGGUUCAACGAGGUGACUCCCAACCAAUUCGACGAGGUGAAUCCUCACCAGUUCAACGAGAGGGCCAACGUCUAUCCUGGCGGUCCCCCCCCUCCUCCUCCCCCUCCUCCUCCUCCUCCUCCUCCUCCGCCCCCGCAUCACUACAGUCUGAGCCAAGGCCGUGACCUGCAAGAAGACCGUGGUGGGCUCAUCGCCCGCGCCGAAGAAGAUGAUCACCCGCACGCUGGAUGGGGUGGACCAGGCUAUGGUCCUGGCGGAUACGGUCCUGGAUGGGGUCCUGGAGGGUAUGGACCUGGAUGGGGUCCUGGGAGGGGAUGGUCUUCUUCUUCUUCUACCCAGCCCCAGAUCAGGGAUGAUACCACUGGCACCACUGCUGAUAAAGCUGUAUAG